AUUUAAUUGUGGAACGAGCGCCUAUGGUUCUUUGCAUAGCUCUGAAACGGUUUUCAUUAGCUGGAGGGAAACUCUCAAAACAUGUACAAUUUAGGAAAAAGAUCACUCUUAACAAAUACAUGUACAACAAAAAUCAUCAACAGUUGUCUUAUAAAUUAGUCAGUUUAGUCACACAUCUGGGACCAUCACAGAAUUGUGGUCAUUACACUGCAAUAGGUCAGGCACCAAAUGGCAAUUACUACCAAUUUGAUGACAGCUGUGUGCGACCACUGCCACUGUCAGCUGUGCUGGGCACCAAUGCAUAUAUUAUGUUCUUUGAAAAAGAUAAUACUAUGGAAGAAACUUCUACUUCCGCCGCAUCUACCUCAAGUGUUGUUUAUGGACCACAGCUCCCAGAUAACAUACUAAAUAGAGACAAGAGUCCCUUAAAACAAACUUUCUACAGAAGUGAAGAAAGAAAGCCGGUUCUCCUAAACAGCACUGCAGUAGAAAUUGCGAAGCCUGAUGUGAAACCUAUUAUUUUAAACAGCACAUUAGGCAAGGCAACUGAGUCAAGCAGUUUUAAUUCUGAACCUUGGGUGGUAAAACAAAAUGGUGAAGUGGAGAAAUUAGUUCAACCUCCAAAAAUUUUAAAUGGCGUCGAUAAAGUAGGCAUUAAACUAGAAGAAGAUAAAAAACCAACUUUGGUAAUUAAGCGCCAAAACGGCGAUGAAAUCCAAUCAAAACCUAAACUGCCAAAGAGCGACUCAGAUCUCAGAUUAGUCAUUAGUAAUUCAAAAGGGAUCGAAAAAACUGCUUCCACAAGCAAACUUGUGAAAACACCUAAGUCUCCAUUAGAGAAGUUGGAAGAGCAAAUGAACAGAAGUGAUUCAUCUGGACUAUCACCGCGGAAUGGCUGCAUGGGUUCACGGUUAGUUCCAUACGAUUCUGAAUCAAGUGGCGAUGAAAGAAAUGAAAGAUUGAGCGAAGACGGGGUUAAAAGCCGGCCUAAACCUAGCCGCUGUGAAUCGCCGCGAGCACUCGUCGUCACCACCAAGAGCAUGCACCACGCCUGGACCGUGUCCAGCGAGAAGAGCGGCCCCCUGCUCAGCCCGAGUCUCAAUGGAGUGACCAACAAAAAGGUAAAAGAGAAGGAGGAGCGUCGGGCGGAGAACGAACAGAGUCCGAACACGAGCGUCAGUAGCAUGUCGCCACUGAGCGACCGCAGCGGGGCGGGCGCGGGGUCCGCGGGCGCAGCGCCGGCGUCGCCCGCGCCCGCUCCCGACGCCGCGCCCCCCGCCGCGCCCCCUGCCGCGCCCCCCACCGCGCCCUGCGAGCCGGCCGCCGCGCCCCCGCCCGCGCCCCCCGCCGCGCCCCUGGAGACCCUGCGCCACUUGCAGACGGCCUCGCACCGCGGCUAUGGAGCUCCUGUCUCUUCCUGGAAUGGCAGCCACAGUGCUCUCUCGCGACAGGUGUUCGAUGAGCGGCGAGAAGAGCGCAAACGGGCCUCAGAAGCUACAGAUGAGAUGGAUCGAGGGCGUAAUAAGAAAGUGAAAAAGUUUCAUAAUUACAACCGUUUUAAUAAUAGUAGGAAUGGAUACAAUCCCUUUCAGGAAAAGCAAAACAAACCGCAUUGGAAUGGAAAUUACAAAUAUCGAAGUGAACGACGCUCUUCCCAUCACUUUAAUAAACACCACAACAACAAGUACAAAAGAUUUAACAGGUACAGUAAUGGUCACCACUAUCCAAGACAUCAUUGACCCGCGGUUGUCUGGUGUUCACUCGUUUGUGUAAAUAGAUAACAUAUGGACUUAAAACUCAUAGUUAAAAUAAGCAUUCAUAGAUACGAAAAAUAGAUAAAAUUACGUCAUUUUUGAAGUUAUUGUUCUGCUACCGGCCAUACAGUCCAAACCGAGCAAUUACAUGUUAGUAUUAUUAUUUUUGUAGCGAAAUAUAAAAUAAUGAAGAGUAACAUUAAUUACUGCCAGCCUUUACCCGUGAAUGCGCAUAGUGCCCUCGUGAGACGUUUAUUAUCUAUAGUAAUUGUAGCCAAAUUUUGGAUGUUGUGAUUUAAGAAUUACUAACAUAGCGUGGCAUAUUUUCUACCGAAUCGGAGGGAAUAUUUGUGCAAAUAGUUUAUAUUAAAAAAA